UUUCAUCUAAUAUAUUGAGUUGAUUUAUAAAUUAUUUUUCGAAGAAUAUUAUUAGUUCAUAUAAAGAAAUAAACUUGCAUAAUUUCCGUUGCAUCAGCACGGUACAUGAUAUAUUUAGUUUUUUAGAUCUUAACAUGCCACAUCUUCGAUUAUUUUGAUUUUGUUAUAAAACCCUGAAAUUUUCCCUUCGAAAUUUAACGACAAUGUCUUCUUCCAAAGCAAUUAGUAACCCUACACCUUCAGGAAUCGUUACCAUCGAUAAUAAUGAACGUGUUAUACCAGCAACGAGACGAGCAGAUGGUACAGUGCGAAAAGAACGACGGGUACGGCCAGGUUUUGUACCUCAAGAAGACGUAGCUCGGUAUAAAAAUCCAUGGGUAGAAGAAACAAAACCACCACCACCACCAAAACCUCAAUUACCUAAAACAAAAACUCAAAUAAAGAAUGAAAAACGAAAACUUAAAAAAAAAGAAGAGCGAAAUAAUGAGAAUAAUCUUGAAAGUAUCAACAAUGAGCAUGAACGAGUAGUUGAAGAAGACUCAUUAGGUCAAUUACAAAGUAAAAUAUCUGAAAUGUCAGUUAAUGAAAGCAAUGAGUUUCCUACUGCUCCUACUGCUUCUAUAACCAUAGAACAAUUAGAAAAUACUACAAAGAAAAUUAAAGUUCUUGAAAAGAAAAUUAGACAAAUGGAAAGAAUUAAAGAAAAACAAGCACAUGGUGAAGCAUUAAAAUUAGAAGAAGAGGAGAAAUUAAGUAAAUUAGAGAGUAUCCAAGAAGAACUGAGAAGAUUAAAACAAGGGGAUGAGGAAUAAGUAAGUAAUUUGUUAUUUUGCAACAGAAAGUUAUAUGGAAUAAUAAUCCUGAUUACUGGAUGAAGGAUGAUGUACUAAAUUUUAAAUAAUUACAAUUUUUUUACAAUAAAAAAAUCAUCUAUCUUUAUUUAUAAAAU